GCACAAGCUAUGUCAUACAAGCCAAUGAAGAUACAUCCUUCCCUAUUCUUUCACACUGUUUUCUUGUCUUUACUUUUGAAGUUCUGCAGUGCUCUUGAUAUUUUAACCUCAAAUGCAACCAUCACCAAUGGCAAGACUCUGGUAUCCUUAGGCCAAAGCUUUGAAUUAGGCUUCUUUUCACCCAGUAAUUCGAGCAAAUGGUACAUAGGAAUAUGGUACAAAAAAUUUCCGGAAGUCAUCGUGUGGGUUGCAAAUAGGGAAAAUCCAUUAGGGAAUUCAUCUGGAGUUCUAACUAUUAGCCCUGAUGGAGAUCUUGUUCUCCUGAAUGCUACUACAGGCGUUGUAUGGUCAUCAAAUUCUUCGAGAAUAGAACCAGCGUCAGUUGCACAGCUAUUAGAAUCCGGCAACCUUGUCCUCAAAAGGAAGGAUGACAAUACAGAAAACCAUAUAUGGCAGAGCUUUGAUUUCCCAUCUGACACACUUUUACCAGGAAUGAAAAUGGGAUGGAACUUGAGCACCGGAGCAAACAGGUAUUUAACGUCAUGGAAAGGUAACAGUGACCCCUCCCCUGGAGACAUCACUUACAGAAUUGAUCAUCUUGGGAUGCCUCAAUUUGUUCUUCGGAAGGGAUCAGAAAAGAUUUUCAGGACAGGGCCCUGGAAUGGAAUUCGAUUUAGUGGUACCGGUGUCCCAUCAAACAUACUUUUCAAAGUAAUUUUCGUUUAUGAUAAAGAAGAUCUGUACUAUAAGUCUGAGGUCAGUGAUGAUUCAAUUAUCACCAGGCUCGCAGUAAAUCAAUCAGGUUUGCUUCAGCGUUUGGUACUUAACAAAGGGGAUUCCUCAUGGACCACACUGUAUUCUUCACAAAAUGAUCCUUGCGAUGAAUAUGGAGUUUGUGGUGCUAAUGGAAUUUGCAAAAUCAGCAGCAGACCAAUUUGUGAGUGUUUACACGGAUUUGUUCCUAAAUCUAAGAGAGAAUGGGAUGUCCUUCGUUGGUGGACUGGAUGUGUGAGGAGAAUUCCCUUGAGUUGCCAUCAGGGAGAAGGAUUUGUAAAGCUCAGAAGUGUUAAAUUACCUGAUCUCCUGCAGUUUUCUUUGAACGAAAGCUUGAGUCUAGAGGAAUGUGAGGCAGAAUGCUGGAAGAACUGCAAUUGUAUAGCAUAUGCAAAUUCAGAUAUUCGUAAAGGUAGUGGAGGCUGUUUCAUGUGGUUCGGGGAUCUGAUUGAUAUUCGAGAAUUUUCAGAAGAUAAUGAGCAAGAUAUCUAUAUACGAAUGCCUGCCUCAGAACUUGGACACAGUAAAAAGACGAAAUUGGUGCUCAUUACUGGGGUAUCAUCACUUUCUGGAAUUCUUAUCCUCUGCUUCAUGCUCUGGUGUCUUAUCCAGAAGAGCAAAAGGAAACGAGCAUCCGAGAACAAGGGAAAAGAUAUAGAGCUGCCAUUGUUUGAUCUGAAUAUAAUAACUACUGCAACGAGGAACUUCUCUUUAACAAAUAUGAUUGGAGAAGGCGGUUUUGGAAUCGUGUACAAGGGUACAUUAUCAACAGGGCAACAAGUUGCAGUAAAAAGACUUUCAAAGAAUUCUGGACAAGGAAUUCAAGAGUUUAAGAAUGAAGUAAUGCUAAUUGCCAAACUUCAACAUCGUAAUCUUGUGAGGCUUUUGGGAUGUUGCUUUGAAGGAGAUGAAAGGAUGCUUAUUUAUGAGUAUAUGCCCAACAAAAGUUUGGAUUAUUUCAUUUUUGAUCAGGAUAGAAAAGCAUUACUUACAUGGCAGAAGCGCUUCGAAGUUGCUAUGGGCAUAUCGAGAGGACUUCUUUACCUUCACCAGGAUUCUAGAUUAAGAAUUAUUCAUAGAGAUCUCAAAGCCAGCAACAUUUUGCUAGACUGUGAUUUGAACCCCAAAAUUUCUGACUUUGGCAUAGCAAGAAGUUUCGAUGAAGAUCUAACAGAAAUCAAGACCAAGCGAGUUAUCGGAACAUAUGGCUAUAUGUCGCCUGAAUAUGCUGUUGAUGGGAAAUAUUCAGUGAAAUCAGACGUCUUUAGUUUUGGAGUGCUUUUGUUGGAAAUAGUGAGUGGCAAAAAGAAUCGAUCAUUUCAUCAUCCCGACCAUCAUCAUAAUCUUUUAGGCCAUGCAUGGUUGUUAUUCAAAGAAGGCAAGGCAUUGGAACUGGUCGAACACAUUUCUGAACUAUCGUUCGUUGAAUCUCAAGUUCUUAGAUGUAUUCAUGUCAGUCUACUGUGUGUUCAAAAACUAUCACAAGACAGGCCAACAAUGGCAUCUGUUGUUGUCAUGUUGAGCAAAGAGGGCGAAGCAUUGCCACAACCCAAAGAGCCUGGUUUUUUCGUGGAGAGAAGUUGCACUGAAACGGAAACAUCAACGAGUGGAGAGAGACGCAUCACUCAAAAUGGAGUAACAAUAACUGUGCUGGAAGCAAGAUAAUGAAUAUGUGUACAUGCUGCAAUCUGAACAACACUGUUAGUGGAACAAAUCUUUAUUUUUAUUUUUAUUUUUAAGAAGAGUUAAAUACGCAGAAGCGUAAAACAAUAAACGAUCAUGCAAUCAAACCUUGUAGAUUUCAAUUAAUUAUCGCUACAUGAUAACCUUUCAGUAUAUGUUGAUUUCAAAGAAUAUCAAAAAAUUAGGCA